AUGUGGCGCGUCCACUGGACACUCAGCCAUCGAGAAGAAGAAGAAGAAGGCCAGUGGUGGGAGUCCAGAGACCUCUGCAAGAAGCUGCUGCGCGUGUCCGUCUACAACGAUGUGAUCACCUACAUGCCGUUCAUGGAGCCCUUGCAGCUAAUGGACACCUUCAACUACUGCUUUCAGAACGUGAUCCAAUGCCUGGGUCAGCUGGCAAGUGGGCCGAAAGCCUUGCACCCAAGCGAGAGGUGGACCCACGUUUGCCCUUCCAGUGAGCUCUUUGUCCCUGGAGCCAUGAAGGGGGUGAACUCGAAGAUGGAGGAUUUCUCGCUGAUGGGUGGGGCCCUUGCCCACUUCAUCGGCAACGCUCUCUUCGGCUACUCCUUUGGAGUUCUGAACAGCGACAUCCCCAGGCACGAUGCCUACUGCGGGCUGCGAAAGGAGCUGCUCCCGGCGGCAAGCUGCACCACCAUGGAGGACUUCGGAGAUGUCAGGGCUUAA